UUCGUAUUCUGGGCAGAAGGAGGAGCGUCCGAGGUAGUGGUUGCCAGGAUGGACGGUCUUGGCACCAGCCCCAUCCAGGUGGACUCCCUACCCGAGAUGGCACAGAUAAGCUUGUGUUUAAGGGUGAAACUCCUACAGUGGUCAAGGCCUUCAUUCGUCCUUACGUACGCCAUGAAUUCGACACAGGAUCUCUAUUUAGCUUUCGUGUUGCACAACCGGUCCCUCUUCAUACGCUGCUGUGACGGGGAGGUCGAGCUCCUCCUCCGGGCGGACUUGACCCUCUUCGUGUGGCAUCACGUUUGCGUCUCCCUCGAUCUGGUCGAAUACACGCUGCUGAUCUUGCUGGACGAUAAGGUCUUCUCCCCCGCCCUCCGCAGCCGGACAGCGCAAGGCGCGGCGACACUGCCUGGCGGAGGGCGGCUCCUCCUCGGGCAGCGGGACGCAACGCAGGCAAAUACCGCGUGGGACUCUCUUCGCGGCGAGAUGGCAGAAUUUCGCCUCUACAACACCUCUCUCCCUCGAGACCAACUGCAGGAGUACGUGGCGUGUCGCGAGAUGGACACCGCUGCGAAACCGCUUCUAAGCUUUGACGACUUGAGCGACUUCACCGUAAAGAGCGCGGAGAUCUUUAGCUCCGUGGCGCGAGGAGCCGUCUGCCAGAGCAAACCUUACCGUCUGAACCUCGUAACCCUAAGACUUUCGUUCGAGGAAGCGCGAAAAGUGUGCGGGAUGCUGGGCGGCAACCUCGCCUCCGUCCCGAGCCCCGAGGAGACGCAGCUCAUCGCCGAAGGCUUCUCGGAGUUCAGGCAGCAGUGCGCCACGCCCCGAAACACCUUCUACUGGCUCGGCCUCCAGUUCGACCGCGCGACGAAGGCCUGGCUGGACAUCGCCACCUCGGCGCCCGUUCUUUCGCUCGGGUUCUCGGGAGACCCUACGUUUCACUGUGCGUCGGCGGGGAGUCCCUUUCCUCCUUCGUGGCAGCCGACCAGCUGUGAAGGCCUUACGUGCCCGCUGUGCAACGUCACCCGGCACAGCGCGGUCCUCCUGCGGGGACUGUGCAAGGCAUCGGCGUUUGACCGGACCUACAGCGCCUACGGCUACCACAACGGCAAGCCCGCCUUCGAGGGCUUUCAGAGCAGCAGGCUGGUGUGGGACAACGCCACGUGGGUCCUGUUCACGCGCGUGAGCAGGGACACGACGGCCCGCCUGAACUUCUCGCAGUCCUCGAGGGGCCUGCCCUUCGGCCACAAGACCUGGGCCAUUGAGGGCGACAAUUGCGGCCAGAGCAAGGCGACGCUGCUGCUGACCCCGUGCGCGGAGGGUCAGUUCACCUGCUCCGACUUCGCCUGCGUCCCCAUCGCCCUUCGCUGCGACCGCUCGUCCGACUGCGCCGACAACUCCGACGAGGAGGACUGCCAGAAGGUCCUCCUCGGCGACGGCUACUCGAAAUCCAUCCCCCCGCCGAGUAUGAGCGCCUCCACGCCCUUGACCUUGAACCUGACCUUCGCGGUGACAGCCAUUCGGGAAUUCAGUUUGGUUGGCUUCAGGAUCUCUCUGGACGCCGUGUUGCGCUACACGUGGCGCGACGCGAGGCUCACGUUCGCCAACUUGCACAACAAUUCCAAUUUGAAUGAUAUCAAGGUAGGAUGACUGGUCGUUGGUCGUCGCUGAUUUGUUGUUACGUUUAAUUCAGUACAAUACAUAAG